AUGUCCCGUAGCGCGAUCGGUGAGUGUCCCUCUAUCGUGCUGAGGAGGGCGCUGAUGAGCCACGUGGGUGGAUUCCCCGACGACGACGACGACGACGACGACGACGACGACGACGACGACGACGACGACGACGACGACGACGACGACGACGACGACGACGACCACGACCACGACCACGACCACGACGACGACGACCACGACGACGACGACGACCACGACCACGACCACGACGACGACGACCACGACGACGACGACGACCACAGUUCGACCGUCGGUUUCGACGAUGUCCAUCGAGUGCUCCACAGAAGGGUGGGUGCAGGAAUGGUGACUUGUGCGUGA